CCUAAUUUGGGUGGGCGGAGAGCAAAGAAGGAAACUGUACUGGUAGGUUUUGGUUUUCGACUCUUAAAAUGUUCGAUACACUACUUUUAGUUUAGCUUUUAGGUCAAAUCGAUGCUGGAUAUCUAUUCUUAAAUACAGUCAUGAAGAACAAGAAACAAUGAAGCCAUGGAUGUCAUGACAUAAGAAACAACGUUAGAGUGAUUUAUCACCAAAUGUGCCAAGAAACUUAUUAUUUAUCUAUUUAUUUAUUCGAAUUAUUUAUUUAUUAACAAACUAACAGAUGUUUUAAAAAAAAAAGCAAAACAGAAGAAAACAUGGAUUCCGAGGCAAAGAAUUCAGAGCCAACAGUUUUAAAGGAUUCGGAGUUGCCGAGUUUGAAAGCAAACAUGAAUUCAUCAGAGCCUUCAAAAAGAAAAUCAAAAACUCCUAUCAAAUUGACAGCAAGUUGCUUCAAUCUGUGUCGAUUUUGUGGACGGCAGUUUGACAAUAUGGAGGAGAUGCAGGUCCAUUGUCAGACACAUUUCAGCGAGAAACCUCCCCAUGUGUGUUAUGUGUGUGGAAAAAUGUACAGCACCCCAUCCAAGCUCCAACGACAUGUCAGAGUGCACUCAGGAGAACGCCCUUAUGCCUGCUCCAUCUGUGGCAAACGGUUCACCCGUUCUGAUCACGUUAAACAACAUCUUAAAGUGCACAUGCCCCAGCGACAGAAGAACGUCUGCCGGAUGUGUGGAAUGAAGUUUAUGCGACGACAAACGCUACAGGUUCACUUGAAGAGCCAUGGUCUAUCUCAGAUUUAUACAUGCAAUAGAUGUGGUGAGGCCUUUGACUGCGGAACUAAACUAUUAACCCAUAAAGGUACCCAUGAGGAUAUGAUAGUCACAAACCAAAAUGGAGAAAAAAUUGCUGUUAAGUUUGAUCCUGAGGCGACAAAAACUGACUGUGAGCCUGUUAACGGGAUAGCAAAGUUUGGUUUAGGACCGCAGCCAGAUGUCAAAGAGUCCUUGGAUGGUUUUGUAAGAAAAGAAAGCAACAACCCUGCAGUUAUUAAUCUUUUGAAUAUUAAAAAGGAACAUGGUGAUAUGGAUUAUUCAAAUAUUCUCAUAAAUAAUGAUAAUGAUGUCGUUAUAGAAGGAAAUAACGACAUGGACAAUUCAGGCAUGUCAAUUUCUAGUUAUUAUUCAUUGGCUGGGGCCAGUAGCAAUAAUUAUAUGGAUGAAGGCAACUCGGAAAGCAUGGCAGAUGGAGGAGACCGGGACAAGAUGAUCGUCAUUCAGUCCAACGAAGAUGAUGAUGAUAGGAGGGAAGAUAACUCUAAUAGUCCUGAUUUUAAUGGAGACCUAGUCAAUGGAAAAGACGACGGAGAAGGCAUGCCAGAGACCGACGACCGCCAUAUUUUCCAAUCAGUUAUACCUAAAGUUGAACACAAGAGAUUAGCCCCACGCCUUUAUCAGCCCAGUCACCGAAAAUCAUCCUUGACGUCUGCAUCAAACAGCUCUGUUAAUAAUAUUACAAGUAAUUUAGGAUCCGCAACACCAGUCUUGGGUCAAACUGCAGGAUUUUUUUAUGGCAAGCGCAUGACGCGAUGUAACCAUUGCUGCAUUUGGUUUGAGGACAGUUCUAUGAGCAUGCUUCAUAUGAGUUUACACUCGGCAGAUGAAACCGACCCUUUUAAGUGUAAAAAAUGUUUAAAGCGACUGGGAAAUCGUCUGGAAUUUAUGGCCCACAUUGUGUGGCACCUAGAUUCAUCGUUAGGCGAGUCGAAUUACAUAAAUAUUUAAUUUAGAAAUCUGUUUCUCAAAAACUAAAAAUAGAAUUAUAUUCCGGGGAUACUGAACAAUUAUUUUUUUUUUUGAGGUAGUCAAUAAAAACAGAGGUUCCUAAUUCCAAUGUCAGUCUUUUUAAAUUAAAAAGAACGCCAUUUUCUGGGGACAAAAUUUCUAGUCAGAUUUUUCUCUUUUUUUAAAAAAAAUAAGAUUUGUUGUCAUAAAGAAUGGAUAUUAAGUUAUUGAUAAAUAUAGUUAAAGAUAUUAUGUAGUUUUAGAUUCAAAUUUUGUUUUUAUUUUUUGAGAAAUCGAUCAUGCCGAACUAUUAUUAUGUUAUAUUAAACAAACUUGCCGACUCAAAUCAUUCGCAUUUAGAACUUGAACUGGAGAUAAAGUCACAGGACUCAAUUUCUUAUUACCGAGCCAUGUUUUGACUAUUCUUCCCUAGUCUUUAUCGUUGCGCAGCCUAGUCGAAAUAUGGCUCAGUAAUAAAAAGUUAAUAGAAAUGCAUCCUGUGUAUUUGAAAAUCAUGUCAUAGAAACAUAAAUGGUAAUUUUUCAACAAUUUUUGCCCAGAAACCAAGAUAUGUGUCUGAUGUAGUAUGUACAUUACUUGGGAGAUCAGCUGGGCACGAUUUUUCUAGGAACUAGGCCCAGGACCUGACGCUUUCCGAGUUACUACAUUGAACCAUGGGUAAUUAUUAUAAAGUGCAGGACAGGAUGCCAUUUUCCAUUCAUCUUAUAAAAGACUGUUUAGUCGUUUGUACAAAUUUCUCAAAUACCAGUAUUUUCCAUUAUUUUUUCGUAGGGCGUGGUUUCAUCUCUUAUACCUUUUAGUCAUUUUAUAAAUAUACUCAUUUCAAGGUUUGGGAUUCACAUGUUAAAUAUUAAAUCAAUCUUCAUAUUACCAAGAGGUUGAUAAUGCUUAAUUUUGCUUGAUAAAUGGUGGAUCAUUCAAAAUAAAUUCUGGUUGCAGAGAUGUAAUUUAGGUUGAGGACAUGUUAGCCAAACUGUAUUUUAUAUUUAAAAAAGGCCUAUGGGCUAGAUAUUAUGACAUAAGAAAAGUCUAUCUGUAUAUAGAAUUAUUAUUAUUAUUAUUAUUUAUUAGAUAUUGCAUGCUAUAAGCUAGUUUUUAUUUUUAGUGAUUGUAUGCAUGUCUCCCUAUUUAUUGUUUAAACUACAUGACCAUAUUUUUUUUAAAUCUAUUUUUUGAACAGCAUAUUAAUCUUAUUUUCAAUACAAAUUUUGUGGAAUUCCUGCAGAAUAGACAAUGUUUCUCUAAAUGGUAGUUAUGUAUUUUAAUAAUCUAAUUAACAUACAUUAGAGUACAACCCAUUUGUAGUUUUAUUAACGCAUUGUGACUUGGACCGAAGGUCAUUUGAAACCGACAAGGAUAAAUGUAAAACCAGGGCCCUUAUUCACGAAAAUUUAAACUAAGAUACAAUCGAAAUUUUAAGAAAUACUGCAAUUUGAUUGGCUGACCAGUAAAAUCAAUUUGCAUAUAUCCAAUGAAGUUGCAGUAUUUAUUAAAAUUUCGAUUAUAUCUUAGUUUAAGUUUUCGUGAAUACGGCCCCUGUUACAGAGUAGACGAACUACAUCUAGUGAUAAAAUCAGAAUUCUCACAAUAUUUAUUAAAAUUAAGAUUUAUAUAUUAUUUUGUUUGGAAAACUCCAGCAUUGUGGAAAUGUUUCUAAACUAAAGAGAAGAAUGAUUUGUAUUUUUCUGCGACUACACUGGGGUUUUGUGAUAUGAGAGAAUUGUUUUCUGGUGUUGUUUUCUUUCUUUUGUUAAAAAGAAAAAUUUGUUUGUUGAAUACUUGAAUGUUUUGUGCUAAUUUGUUUACAUUUAUUAUACUUAUUUAUUUUUGGGGUUUAUAUGAAGUUGAAAUUUAUUUUAAAAUGUGGUUGGAUGAUGGUCUCGAAAACUAAGUGCUGGUUUAUGUCGUCUGUUCUUUGAUUUGAUUUUUUUUUUUAAAAAAAACACAAGAAAAGGAUUAUACCUUGACCAAAAAGAAAAUGAAUAGGAUAAAACUUGAUAGAGCAGAAAAUGAAUAGCAUAAAAACUGAAAAGAUAACAACUUAAGUAAAAAAGAAAAACAACAAAAAUUUGAAAUAAAGCACUGAAAGAAAUAUUUUAAGUUACCUAAAUGUAGUUAAGAAUAAAACGUGGCUUAUGAACUAUGUUUUUUUAUUAAUGUUUUGUACGUCAUCUCAAAAAUAAUUGAGUUUAAUAUAAAGAGCUCUUCCGAAAACUUGUAAACAUCCUUUCGAACGUCUUUAUUUGUAAAGCGUGAAUAAGAUGUUAUAAAAACGUUUCUUCGUGAACUCCAUACUCACGAUGUGAUAUUGGGUAUUCAACAAAAGAUAACAUACUCUAUCAUCACUCGGCAAACCUCAGCAAAUUCUGGUACCCUUCAUCUAGCCUCGGCUGUAUGAUGGUAAGUGAUAUGUACCUACGCCUAUACAAUUGCGAUGCGGCACCAGUUUACUUAUUAAGUAAAUGUGCUGCUUUUAGAAAGAAGUUCUAACAAUUGUGCCAUUAGAAGAGUGUGUAGAAUUUUCGGAUAAACUUGAAAGAAAAACAGCUUCAGACUUUGAAUUUGAAUUCUUUGUUUGAUAAAGUAUUCUUCAAAGUAGUCAUCAUGGGCAACCCCGUUGGUAAUCCUGGAACUUGAAAGUAGUUCAAAUGGCGGACCUCGUCAUAUAGCUGAAGCUAGAUGUAGGGUACUGGAGUCUGCUGAGGUUUGCCGAAUGACUCUAUCAUGUGCAUGCUAUAUCCAUCACUACUUCUGGCUUUCUGGUUUCUCCAGUAUCUUGCAUUGUAAUUGUUUUGAAGAUGAGCUCUUUGUAAUUGUUUUAGUUGUUUUGUAAGAGUGAUAGUAAACUGAAAUAUACUCAUGAUUGUUGGUACAUACAUAUAAUAUAUAUAAUUUGUUGAGUGCUGAUAUAUACAUAGAUAUAAUAAUAUAUGUUUGUUAUACUGCAUGUGAUUCUGCAUGUGCAUGCGUUUUAGAGGUUUUAGGUGAUAUUUAAAGAUGUAUAGCCCCCACACAAAAAAAUUUUUUUUUUAAGAGUUUCUAAAUGCAAAUAAAAAUUACUUUGAAAAUACGUGUUAAAUAAUGUACAUUUGUUUUGAAAAUGUAAAAGAUUAAGAAAGAUUAAGCCACUGUUCAGUGUAAUUAUCAAUACAAACAUUUGUAUUGUAAGCUAUGUGAAGUCCUCAGAUGAGAAGUGGUUCUGGUGGUCCAAAAGUAUAAAUGUACUCUGCCAUAUACAUGGUACCCACUACACAUGACAUUUUCUUUUGGUCAGUUAAUAAAUUACAAUUCAUCUUUAUUUAUUUGCCUUAAAUUAUUAUAUCUUUUUUUUAUUUAAUUAUGUUAGAGAGUUAAUUAGAGUUGGUUAUUGAUACAAGAGGUAUAUUAAUUAUAUGCAUGUUAGUUUUUCAUCAUUUUAUAAACUCAUAUCUAGUCAUAUUUUUGUGAGUAAUUUUGUUUAUUGUUGUUGCUUAUUUCUUCACGAAGUAACUUAUUUCAUUUUGAUAUAUUUUAUCUUUAAAAAUCUUGGUUUGAAGAUUUUGUCAACUAUAAAACUUCUGUUUUUUUUCUGUUACAUUAUUUUAAAAAAAAACCCCAAACUCUCUUAUGUUUAACACCCGAAAACACAAAUUCUGUUAUGAAAAUUUAAAGAGCUGAAUAAGAUAUAGUUUACCCUCUAAUGUCAAUAUGUUGCUCAUUAGUUACAAUAUAGAAGACUUAAGGAAUAAAAUUGAGAUCAGUGGGAGGGGGGUGGGGGUAUGUUUACUUUUAAUAUAUCUUAACGAAUAAGAAUUUUUAUAAUUAAAGUAAAAAUUAAGAACAUCCCCUGAUUGAUGUUUAGUUUAAUUAAUUCAAUAUUAUUAGAAUGUUUAUUAGAAGUUUUCUUGUUUAUUAAUGUAUAAACUACGUACCGGGAAUAUAAAACCAUUCUACCUGUCAUGGUGGUAACAAAAGUAAUGAUGUUGAUGUAUGCUUAUAUUGUAAUACUCCAAUCCAUGACAAAUUUGUUUAAAAACUUUUUAUGACAAUGUGUGAUAUUAACAUAAUCGAUAGAAUAAUUUCAAUGAAAUUUUUGAUAUUUUUGAUUACUUUUUAUUAUUUUGGUUAGUCAUGUUAUAUAGUAUAAAUUAAAAUUUUUGAAUAGUGCUUUGUAUGGUAAUAAAGAAAAAACAAAGGUCCAUCUUUUUCGAUAUUCCAACAAAAUAUUUAAAAAUGUUUAUUAAAGUUGGUUCUGGUAAGAAAAUAAAAAUAGUUCAACCAUCUCCUUUAAAUGCAGCAAGUGUAUGAUAUAUUUGUAUCCUAAUAACUUAGGAUCAUAUGUUCGGUUUAGAUGCUUCAAGAUCAGAUUGAAAAUAAAGGAAAAUAAUGGAUAAAUGUAUUACAUGUACUGACUUAAAUAUUUCAAUUUUAAAAUAUCAAAAUUCGUAAUUAUAAACAAUAAAAUUUAUAGAAAUUCAGAUUGGGUUGAAUUCAAUUUUUUUUUAAACAGAAAUGCAAGAGUUGAACAUCAGGCCUGUGAUCUAGUCUCUAUAUUUAUAUGAUGUAGUGUAUAUGACAAUUUAUAAAUUAUCUGCAUUAUUACAUUGUAAAAACUUUUAAAUUAUCUAUGAAAUAAAUCAUUGUAAUGACUUUUAAAUUUCAUGUAUCUACAAACUAUUAAUUUGUAAUGACUUCUAAAAAUACAAACUAUUACAUUGUAAUCUAUAAUAAAACACUGUAAUGAAUUUUAAAUUAUCUAUUAUAAUACAUUGUAAUGACUUCUAAAUUAUCUACAAUAAUACAAUGUUAUGACUUGUUUUAUCUACAAUAAAACACUUUAAUGAUUAUCAACAAUUAUGCAUUGUAAUGGCUUUUAAAUUGACUAUAAACACACAUUGUAAUGAUGUCUAAAUUAUCUAUAAAAUUACAAUGUAAUUACUUUUAAACUAUUUACAAUAAUACAUUGUAAUUAUCUCUAAAAACUUUUAUGUUAUCUACAAUAAUACAUUGUAAUGAAUAAAUUAUCUAUAAAAUUAUAAUGUAAUUAUAUACAAUGUAGGAGUGUAUUUCGGUGUUUUAUGUAUCUGAUAGCAGAUAUGUUGACAGUUUUCAUACAUUUCUAUUUGAAAUAUGUGUUUCUAGGUUAGGUUACUUCUUUAAAAAAUUUGCCAUUGGCUUGAUUACACAAUUUAUGGAUUGGUGCCAUAUUAUAUCAUAAUCAAGUCAAAUGACAUUUGGUUGUUGUGAGAAAGUGAUAUGAACCAAUGAAAUUCUAGGGUUUGGGUUAAGUUGGCGUGCAUCUUUGUAAUCUGUGUCUGUCAGCUGUGUGUAAUCAACAGGCAAUAUGUACACUGUGAACACGCCCAUAAGGUCAGUCUACGUCACAUCCUGCAUAUAUUUAUGCAUUUUACUUGUCAGGUUAUCUGUAAAACAUAACUUGAAACGCUGUCUCUUUCAGGUGCAUGCUUUUACACUUUUGUUAUUGCCUUUACUUUGAAAACAGAUUCCUGAUUAUUUCAAGAAAUUUAUUUCUCACACAUAUUUCUUGCUUUUAUUUUGAAAACAGGUUUCUGAUGAUUUCAAGAAAUUUAUUUCGUACACAUAUUUCUAUAAUCUUUUCUCUGCUUUCAUAUUCUGUAUUAAUGUCUAUGAAUUGUCUAUCUUCAAUGUUUUUAUGAUGAAAUUAUAAAUUAAUUAUAUAUUGAAUAAAUUUCAUGAAAAAAAAACAAACCCCAAACAAUUCGGG